CACUGCCUGCAGAAUGCAGCCAUGCGCGUCCUCGAGGAAGCGUGGUCCCCAGUCACCAUCUUUAUUGUGUUCUGGUCUGACACCAUUCCCCGUCAAACCUAGCGAGAUCUCCUGCCGUGGCCGUCAACCUUACGCCAUGGACGGCGCGCCUCCUCGACCUGCCCUGCCCGUCAUCGACUAUGCCGACCUCCGCGCCGCUGCCAUGGCUUUCGCGCACGCACUUGCCGGCCCUCCCCCCGUCCCACCACCUGUCAUCGACCCGACGGGAGCUUCGGUAGAAGGUGACGCCUCGAUAGAAGCAUUAAGCCUCGGUGCAGCCUCCUGUAGAGGGGAUUCCGACUCUACUGUGAAAGACGCAUGUGCAAAAGACGAAGGUUCUCAGUCGCGAGGCCGCAGCAGAGGCGAAUCGGGUGCGGCAGGUGGCGACGACGCGAUGGCUGUCGCACGGCGAGUCGCACGGCAGUUGCUGGACUGCUUCGGCCCGGCCGGGUGCGGCAUAGUGGCGAUUAAGGACGUGCCGCAUGUGGAGGCGGUGCGGCUGCAGCUGCUGCCUCUGGCGCGACGGGUCGCGCUCAUGCACCCUCGAUGCCGCAACGCUUUCCUGCGGGUGAGAGGCAGGCGCCUUCACAUGGGCGCCAAACGUAACGUAACGUAUCCAGCCGUGCAGCCGCUGCUGACAUUUGCCUCUCCUCGGCCCCUGUUUCAUGCUGCUUGUGUGUGUGUGUGUGUUUGUUCUCUUCUACCCCCCUCCCCCCCCCCCCCCACCACCCCCCUCCUCUUCCCCCCUUCUCGCUCUCGCUCGGUCUCAUCCAUGCCGCAUGCCGCCUGUCAGGAGUACGGAGUGGGGUCCGACAUCCCUCUCAGCGACCCCAGCCGCCCUGUGUCGUCCUUCUCUAUCAACGUGCCUCUGCCUCUGCCCUCUCGUCCUCGUCCUCCUCGCAGCACAGCCGCUGCAGACAGCAAGACAGUCAUGCGCACUGCUCAUGCGGCGAGUCCGGGCGUGGUGCACACAGAAGCGCGCCCUGACCACGCCACACCAACACCGGCAGAUGGUGCUUGCACUGCGUCGUCGCCAUCAUCACCAUCGUCCUCCUCCUCCUUGCCCUCUCCUCCGGGCCCUUAUCAUCCGCCAUGUUCCCUCCUCUCGCCUCUGCUGCAGCCCCCUGCCCAUGGCAUGUGCGCCAUCCCCCCCACUAGCGCCGCUCCCCCCUCUCUCCUGCGCCCUCUCAUGCUCCGCCUUGCCUCCCACGCCUCCCAUGCCGCGCUGCUCGUUGCUCUGCUCUGUGACGCUGCACUCAAUCGCUCCCUGCCGCCCUGCCCUCACUCGCUCAUCCCAGCAGCAGCCAGCUCGCCGUGUGCUGCUUCUGCUGCUGCUGCCCCACGCUCUUUUGCUUUGCCCGCUGGCCGAGAUGCACUGCCGAACAGCUGCGCCUGCAGUCACAACAGCAGCAGCACCAGCAGCAGCAGCAGCAGACACAGCAGCAGCAGCAGUGGCGGUGACGGCGGGGGUGAGAGUGGAAGCGGAUGUGACGUUGGGAGUGAAGCGGUAUGGGGAGCAGAGCAGCAGAAAGCGCAGGGGAGAGGGGAGGUCCGCCUGCUGGGGGCAUUGGCAGGGGGCACAGGCAAGGCGCGGCUGAUCCACUACCAUGCAUGGGGGGAGCUGCAGUGGGGGCGUGGGGGCGGGGAGCAGAGAGGAGCGAGGGCGACAAAGAGGAGGGAGGGGAGUAGGGGCGGUGAGGUGGAGCAGGCAGGGCAGUGGCCUGUGUGUGAGCAUGUGCGGGGAGCAAGGCAGAAGAAAGGGGGGAAGGGAGGGGAGGUGAGAAACAGCCACAUGGGAAGGUGUGCUGUGAUGAGUGAGGGGUCGGAGGGGGUUGAAAGGGAUCCGGCACAGAGACGAUAUCCAAAUCAGCAGCAGCAGCAGCAGGAGGAGGAGGAGGCAAGGAGCUGUGAUGGUGAUGACGAUGUGAGGUUAAGAGCAGAGGAGCGGCCUGUGAGCCAUGGAGGCAUGAGCUCACGUGGGUCCACAGCCAGGCAACGUCCUUCGGGCCAAUCCCUGGCAUCGCCCUCGUCUCUCCCCUCCCCCCUUCCCCUGUGGCAGCAGUGGCACUACGACUACGGACUCUUCACCGCCCUCGUUCCCCCUCUCUACAUGCCCUCUGCCGCCCCCACUGACUUCCACCUCGCCUGCCCUCUCAUAAAUGCCACCUUGCAUUCCUCACCUCAUCUCCGCACCUCCACAGCUUUGGCAAUCGCCCCUUCCUCCCUGGUCAACAUCACUGCCGCCUGCAGCAGCAGCAGCAGCAGCAGCAGCAGCAGCAGAAACAGCAGCAGCAGCAGCAGCAGCAGCAGCGGCGGCAGCAGCAACACCAGCAGCACCAGCAGCAGCACCACCACCAGCGCCAGCAGCAGCAGCUGCGCCUCAGCCAUGUGCGCGGGUCUGCACGUGUGGGACCCACUGUUCCAUGCGCCUGUGUGUGUGGAGGUGCCAGCGCGCUGUGUGGCGGUGCAGGUGGGCGAGGCCGCUCAGGUGCUGUCGGGGGGGCAGCUGAGAGCCGCUGCACACACUGUAGUGCGACCAGGGGGGUGUGCUCAUACUCAUUCUCAUGCUCACGCGGGGGUGAGGGAGACAGCAGCAAGAGCAGCAGCAACAGCAGCAGCAGAUGCAGCAGCAGGAGCAGCAGGAGGAGGAGCUGCAGGGCAGGCGUUGCGUCGAGACGAUAUGGCAGACGGUGGUGGUGUGGCAGUGACUGCUGUGGAGGGGACUGAAGGCACAGCACCAGAUGCUGAGCGUGCACAGAUCCGCGCCCUUGACCCCUCUCAGGCACCGGACUCGGGACCGCAAGGCAAUGCAGGGAACCAUGGAGAAGGUGCCUGCUGUUCGCCUGCAGUCAUCCACCCUGCAUGCGCGUGGGGUCGUGACAUGCUUGCUGUAUUCCUGCAACCGCCCUGGGACCUGCCUCUAUCUCCUCCUACUGGCGUCCUGCCCCUCCAUGUCAUCAACGGCCCGCCCUCCUCCACCUCCAUUAACUCCUGCCCCUCCUGCCCCUCCUGCCCCUCCUGCCCCCCCUGCCCCUCCGGCCACUCAUGCCACUCCUCAGUCACAUGCUCCUCCCUUUCCUCCAUGCCCUUCUUAUCACUUUCUGUCUCACCACCCACCUCUCUCCCGCCUCCUCUCCCAUCCCCUUCCACCUCGCCAUCUCCCCAUGCUCUUCACUCCACCCAACCUACUCCCUGCUCGUGGCAAGAGGCUCCGGAACUUUCUGCCACGGCACAGGACAUAGCCUCGGUGGUGCCAAGGCUAGAGGACCGGUGGAAACCUGGCUGCUCGUUUGCGGAGUUUGCCAAGGCCACAACGCGAGGGUACUAUGGUUCGGCAGGCAUUCAGGCAAAUCAAGCCAGCAGCGGCACCAGCGCGUCAGAGUGGAACGGGUAACAGGUGGAGAGACACGGUGCGGUGCGGAGAUAGUGAGGAGGGGGCAAGCCCUUUAAGGGGCUUCAGUCCAGUAGUUGGCUGAUUGAACACGGAAUAUGACAUGGCAACCUCAAGGGUUGUUGGCCUUCACUCUUAUGCUGCCAUGGGAAGAGGUGUGAACAUGCCUGGUCAAACUGGAGCGCUCUUUCUGCGCACAUGCUAUCCUCGGCGCUAACCAGCUGGGUGUUUCCUUGGGUCAACAGGAGACGGAACUACAGAACUUGAUCCCUACCAAGCUUCUGUUGUCUUAUCUGCAUCUACUCUAGUAACAACUAAAGCGUUUGUCCAAGAUG